CAUAAAUGCCAGAGUAUUACUCAAAGGACUCUGAGUGUGUAUUAACCCCCACAGUGAGUGUAUGCGUUUGUUCGAGAUGCUUGUUUUUGUGUGUGUGUGUUUUAUUGCUGCAUUCUUCUGUAGUGCAGUUGGACAGGGGGACAGGAACGAAAUCUGUAAACAGAUAGAAGACUUUAAUCCUUGCCCAGAACCCUGGACCUGUAAUUUAGCUGUCAGUCAGUGCUACUGUAAGACACAAACUCCUUACUGCAGGUGUAAAAAUUAUAUUGAUGAGUUUUAUCUGGGGAAGAGCUGCUCUCAGAAAUGGACGACGUUGUCCUUUGCCCUUGUAGCGACGCUUCCUGGAGUUGUGCUGGCGUUUGUGAUCGGAGUCUCUGUUCACCUCGCACACAGAUUUGGGAAAUCCAGCAAGAGCCACAGAGCAGGGAAUGAACUCACCAAUAUUCCAGGACAUGUUUUGUCCCCCCGAGUUAUUUUUGCAUCUGACUUGGAGUCUCCUCUGAGCACCCGGACCCCUCAUCCUCCUCCUGGUCAUGGCCUCAUGCCAGUACAGAUGGGCGUUCCCAUGUUAUUUCCUCGUCCAUACAGUGUUUCAGAUAAAACACACAUUGGUGAACCACCAGUGGGAGCUCCUCGACAACAGUAUAGCUACACAAGGGGCAGGGAUCAGGCUCAAGUGCCCAAUAAUCUGUAUUCUAGUGCGAGGAAUCCGUAUGAGGAGCAAAAUGUGUCUGCUCAACUGUACAACCAGCCACAUUCACCUCAAUCUUAUGAGGCGCAGACGAUGGCUCCGCCCCCUGCCCCGCCCUUCAGUGCUCCAGCAUAUUGUAGUGUGUUCCCUCGAGCUCAGAUCGGCCGCCUGUACUGACCGCCCUCUCGUCUCACACACACCUCACUCUGGUGUUUCUGACCUGUUUAAAUUUAUUAUUCUGUCUGUUUCAUAUAUUUUAAUAAUAACAAUUAUCAGAAAUGUUUCAUGGCAAACUUGAGGUUCUGUUGAUUGUUGACUUUUAUAUAAUCCUGUCUUGUCUGUGCUCAUUUCUUCACACUGAAUAAAAACUAAAUGAAAGGAGCAGA